AUGGCCGCCAUCAAGGCGCUGCAGCAGUGGUGCCGGCAGCAGUGCGAGGGCUACCGGGACGUGAGCAUCACCAACAUGACCACGUCGUUCCGCGACGGCCUGGCCUUCUGCGCCAUCCUGCACCGCCACCGGCCCGACCUCCUAGACUUCAGUGCUCUCAGGAAGGAAGACGUCUACAAGAACAACGAGCUGGCCUUCCGCGUGGCCGAGGAGCAGCUGGGGAUCCCGGCUCUGCUGGACGCCGAGGACAUGGUGGCUCUGAAGGUGCCGGACCGGCUGAGCGUCCUGACCUACGUGUCCCAGUACUACAACUAUUUCCACGGGCGCUCCCCCAUUGGGGGCCUGGGCGGCAUAAAGAGGCCCCCCUCCGAUUCUGAUGAGGAGCCAUCCGGAAAGAAGGCCUCACCCCAGCCGGCCAGGCCUUCACCCACCCCAGCCCCGGGGCAGCCACUGUCUCCGGUCAGCACAAAUGCCAUUGUCCAGCGGAAGGCUGGGGGUGCAGAUGUCCCUCUGCUGAAGGCUGGCCCGGGCGCGGUGGGCGGCUCGGUCAGCAGCACCUGUGGGGUCUGUGGCCAGCACGUGCACCUGGUGCAGCGACACCUGGCCGACGGGAAGCUGUACCAUCGGGGCUGCUUCAGGUGUAAGCAGGUCUCCGGCACGCUGCGCUCGGGCGCCUGCAGGGCCACGGCGGAGCCAGGCCACCACCCCACAGACACCUCUGCCAGCCCCGUGUUGCCGGGCCUGGGCCCCAGACAGCCGGGGGCCGUCCCUGUGGACUCCAAGCGCCCGAGCACCCCACAGACGGCCCAGGAGGCGCCUGGGUGGAGAGAGACAGGGCCAGAGGCCAGGCCUGCAGCCCGGGAGCUCCUGGGGGCCAACUCAGUGGUCAAAGGCUCCGUUCCUGCCGCAGCUCGCCCUCCGGCCACCACCUCCUCCCAUGGCCCCCUGGGGAGCUCCGCCAGGCCCAGGGUCCCAGUGGGGCCUGUGGGUGGCGAAACCAGCAUGCGUGUGACCAACAGCUCUCCAACUGGGUGGUCAUCGCCGGCACAGGACACGGUGGCAGUCAGCCCCUGUCCUGCUAGGACCCCGAGUGCCCUGGGCCCUCGCCUGGCUACACAACAAGGCCGGGAAGCCCCCCGAAUGCCAGUCCCCCUGACCAAGCUCAGCUCCAGCCCGGUGUCUCCAGGCCCAGUGGAAGCCCCAGCCUGGACUCCUUCAGCCUCCAGGACGCAGCAGGCCCGGGAGAGGUUCCUGCAGGCGCCCGGAGCCCCCAGCGCCCCCAGCGCCGCGCCCGCCGGCAGGGCCCCUGCUGCAGCCAGUGCGCCCUCUGGGGCCGACCGCAGGGAACAAGCGCUGAGCUGCCUCCGGAAGGCCCUGCCGGGGCUCGGGGGUGCUGGCACUCUGGAGCCUGGCAGGGGGUUGGGCGCUGGGAACCAGCCGCUAAGGGAGGCUGAGGCUUCUGCUGGGGCCCAGCGGGCGGGGCUCCUGGAGUCACCUGCGCCUCAUGCCCGCUCUCGCACCCACAGGCCCUCCCCAGCUCCUUCCCCUGCUUCGAACCGCCUCUCCCCAGCGGACAGGCCGCCGGCAAGUCCAUCCGCCAAGCUGGCACAGUUGGCGUCUCCCCAGGCCCUUAGCCCCCCUCCCAGGCCUGAGCUGCCAGCACCCCCGAGUGUGGGCACCACCGCCAGGGCACCCACGCCGCCCCAGGCGGGCAGGAAGAGCUCCACGGUGUCCUCCGGGCCCAGCAGGGCAGGUGCUGCCCCCCGGCUGCAGCCAGAGGCCCCGCAGGCCAGGGGCCCCAGUGCCAACCCCCAGGAAGGCCAGGAGGAUGGGCCAGCAGGAUGGAGGGGCCGCCUGAAGCCCGUGGAGAAGAAGAGCCCAGCGGAGAGAGCCACGAAGCUGAUGGAGCCACGGGAGCCGGGGGAGCCGAGGGCAGGGGGUGCACCCCAGAAGGCCCCUGGGAACUCCAAGGGGGGUGUCUGCAUCACCAUGACGCCUGUGCGGCCUGACAGGACCCCAGGCCCGGCCGGCCACCAGUCCAGCCUCCCAGCAGUGGGGUCCCCUUCCCCGGCCCCCUCGCCGGCCCCCUCGCCGGCCCGCCGCAAGAAGCUGGCCGUCCCUCAGAGCUUGGACGUUUCUGGCGACUGGCUCCAGCCCAGACCCUUGCAGCAGGAAGCCCCAGCCCGGAGCUGGAAGGAGGAGAAGCCCCCUCAGGACAAACCAGGGAGGCCCUUGGGCCCGGCCAACGUUCCUGUUCCACCUGGCAAGGCCGUGACCUCCCCUGUCAGGCUGCACCCCGACUACCUGCCCCAGGAGGAGGUCCAGAAGCAGUUGCAGCAAAUCGAGAGGCAGCUGGACGCCCUGGAGCUCAGGGGCGUGGAUCUGGAGAAGCGUCUGCGGGCGGCCGAGGGGGAUGCCUCGGAGGACGCGCUCAUGGUGGACUGGUUCCGGCUCAUCCAUGAGAAGCAGCUGCUGCUGCGGCUGGAGUCGGAGCUGAUGUACAAGGUCAGGGACCAGCACCUGGAGGAGCAGCAGCUGGACAUCUUGGGGAAGCUGAGCCAGCUGAUGUCCACGCCGGAUCGGCUGAAGUCCCCGCAGGACCAGCAGCGAGAGCAGGACCUCUUGACUCAGUACGUGAGCACUGUCAAUGACCGGAGCAGCAUCGUGGACUUCCUGGAGGAGGACAGGCUCAGAGAACAAGAGGAGGACGAGGUGCUGGAGACCAUGAUCCGGAAGCUGGACCUCCAGAGGAAGAAGCCCAAGUCCAAGAAGUCCUUGUCCAAGAUCUGGUCCCUGAAGGGCAGAAGCAGGACCCCUGAGUGAGCCGCCUGGCUGGCUGCUGGCCUGACCUGUGGGCCGGGCAGGGCGGGCACUGUGGGGUGGACCUGACCACCCUCUGUGUGGUCCAAGUGGCCUCA